AUGGAAAAUGUGUCAUCUGCAAUAGAGUUUUCUCUGUCUGGGUUCGAGGAGCUAUUAGACUACAGAGUAACGCUGUUCUGUCUCACUUUACUGUUUUACUGUGUUAUUAUUAUGGUAAAUGUUGCCCUUACUGUUACCAUCACCAUGGAUAGAAAUCUCCAUGAGCCCAUGUACAUCUUUAUUUGUAAUUUGUGCAUCAAUGGACUUUAUGGUACUUCAGGAUUCUACCCCAACUUCCUGCUGGAUCUUCUGUCUCAUCACCAGAGUAUCUCUUAUUCAGGAUGUCUGUUUCAAGCUAUAGUAAUAUACUCUUCUGUGUGCAUUGAUAUUUGUCUGUUAGCAGUGAUGGCUUAUGACAGGUCUGUGGCAAUAUGUAGACCACUGCAGUAUCACUCUAUAAUGACUAAGAAACAUGUCAUUCAGUUAGUCUCUUUCUCCUGGCUUGUUCCUUUAGGUCUUAUAUGUACUAAUUCUAUAUUUAUUUACAGACUGAAAUUGUGUGGCUCACACAUAGAGAAACUGUACUGUGCAGGUUGGUUGAUGGUUAAACUCUCAUGUUCUGCGACCAGUUGGAUAACUUCAACCACACCAACUAAUGUAAUUGCAUAUUUAAUUCAAAUUUUCUAUAUUUUUCUUGGCAUUUUCAUUGUGUACACUUACGUUCGGUUGAUCAAAUCAUGUUUGAAGUCCUUAGACAGCAGAGGAAAAUUUGUGAGGACUUGUGUUCCACAUUUACUGGCAUUAUUCAGUGUAAUAAUUGCGGUUGUAUUCGAUGUUAUGUUUAUGCGGUUUGGCUCAGCAGAUUUACAACAAAAUCUUCUGAACUUCUUUUCCAUAGAAAUGGUUAUAAUUCCUCCCUUUUUUAAUCCCCUCAUUUAUGGUAUUACCCUGACUCAAAUCCGUAGCAGGAUUCUGCAUCCAUGUUUGAAAAAGGCAAAUUGUAUCUAA